AUGGCGGCAAACAUAGGCGCGAGGCUCCACAAGGACGGCAUAGUCGCCAACGGCAUCGAGCUGGUCAUCAGAGUCAACAUGUCUAGGCGUUGGGUUAAGGGCCGCGAGGAGAUGGGUGCCAUUUUCGCCGACAAAACGACGCAGUUUGCGCAUGUGAAGGUGCUCACGGACUCGAGGAAUACGGACCAGUGUCGCAACAGCCUGAAGCUGGGAAGCAACGUCGACAUGGCCAUCAUCUGCACCGUCACCGCCGUGCAUGCCCACUCGAGCAAGGGCGGCGUUGUGACCAUAUGGACGUGCUCGGACCUACAGGACACCGCGUUGAAAGUGGCUAUAUACGGAAGUAUACCGGGCGAGCUAAACGCUGUCAGCCAGGGCAGCGUCAUCGCGGUGCUGAACCCCGACCUGAACGACAGCAACAGGGACUACAACUACAGGAGCAUCUCGAUAAAGCACUGCGACAACGUGCUCCUCAUAGGAGAGGUCGACGGGCUGCGGUUUUGCAAGGGCGUCACUGCGAAGGGCGCCGGCUGCAAGAAUCUCGUGUACACCCACCACCAGGGUGAGUUCUGCAAGUUCCACCUGAAGGCGGCAUUUGCCAAGCCUAAACCCAACAAGAGCACCGAGUCCGCGAACCCGGCAGAUAUACUUAAAACCGUGCAUGAACGGCUCGAAACCAAGCACCAAGAGGAGGCAAUGGGGCACUUUGUGUUCAAGCCGUCCGAGCCUGCCCACCCAACGGCGGUCCUCUCUAAGCUCGCAGGCUUAAACAGCCUGGUGCACAAGGUGACGCAAAAUCGCAUGAAAACGUCAGCUCCCGCGCACGUCACUGUGCCGGUGGGUUCUCAACCCAAUAAGGCCCGACCCAGGGAUGAGUCAAUAAACCGAACCAAGGAAUUCGAGGCUGCCGUUCGCAGCCUAAAGUCGCUAAUGAACUCGGGGCAGAAGGAAAGCAAGAAACUCCUCGGCGUGCUGCAGCUCAUCGCAAAGUACAUUCACUAUGUCGACAGGGAGGUCGCCAAGAAGAGCCCGCUUUUGAAGAUGUGCUCGGAGCUGCUGGAGCACCCCGUCGACGGCGUGGCUAUAGAAAGCCUGAAGCUGCGCCGGGAGUUCAGAAGGAUGCUGCAUUCGCCCGUCAAGGACAACUCGACGCCCACGUAUCUUGUAGGCGUGAGGCGACCCGAAGACAAGCAGGUCGCAACCGACCGCGCGACUGACAAGGAUCUCGACAUCAUCAUGUCAGCCGCAUCCGAGGUCGACGCUUACGUCGAGAAGGAAAAUGUAGAGACCAUGAAACGCAAGCUCGUAACGCUCGAGCGCAUGGACAAGGCGGAAGAAAUGAAGAAGACCGUUACGGAGAUCGAAAUUACGGCGUCCUACUGCCACGACUGCAACGCAUGGACGGAGUACCCAAAUCCCGUUUGCAAGCGCGAGGGUCACCACUGCGCAUCCAAAAAGUGCAAAAAAGAAUACCACCUGUGUUUGGAAGCUUCGUGUGGCUACCGCUACUUCUCCCUCAAUGGACAGAAGCCCCCAUCGUGCCCGGGGUGA